CGUUUCUCUUCAUGGCGCAAGCUCAUCCGCGUGAUCGCUCUAGUCCUUCGUUUCAUACACAACCUCAAGCAUCCUCAGGCCAAACGCACGGGUCCUUACCAGCCUGAUGAGAUCGACCAUGCCGAGAAGACCGUUGUCAGCAAAAUUCAAAGGGAUGCCUUCGCCAAAGACAUCGCCGAUAUCAGAAAGAACUCCACCUGCUCACAACGCAUUCGGCAUCUAACCCCCUUUCUAGACAGCGCUGGGCUCCUAAGAGCGGGGGGACGCAUUUCACAGUCUGAUCUCGAAGAAAAUCGGAAGCAUCCAAUGAUCCCACCCGGUGACCAUCAUCUAGUAAAGAAACUCAUCCACACCACCCAUUUGGAUACCCUGCAUGCUGGACAACAGCUGUUACAAUCUGUUCUAGCGCAAAAAUUCUGGAUCCUUGCCGGUCGCUCGGCGAUCCGCCAGGUCACACGCGCUUGUGUAAAGUGCUUCCGUGCCAAACCUCGCAACGAGGUCCCCAUGAUGGGUGAUCUUCCCCCAGCUCGGGUUCGACCAGCGCGACCCUUCUCGCAAACAGGAAUGGAUUACGCCGGACACUUUGAGGUUAAGGUUCACACCCUCCGCUCCGCUCGCAGCGUCAAGGCCUAUCUUUGCAUUUUCGUUUGCAUGGCCACAAAGGCGGUACAUAUAGAGGUCGCCGAGGAUCUCACCACCGAUGCCUUUCUUGCGGCUCUCACCUGCUUUUCGUCUCGCCGGGGACGGCCGUCUGCUCUUUAUUGCGAUUGUGGAACCAACUUUGUGGGCGCCAGCAACGAACUAAAACGCACGCUUUCAAGCAUCCACCAGGAACUACUGCAGGAACAUGGUCCUCUUGCGGCCGAGAGAUUCCAGGGAAUACGCUUUCACUUCAUCAGUCCUGCCGCGCCUCAUUUUGGAGGGCUCUGGGAGGCGGCUGUCAAAUCCGUCAAAGGCCAUCUUCGUCGAACCAUACAAGGACAAACACUCACCCUGGGUGAGUUUAGAACACUCACGGUUAGAAUUGAAGCCAUGCUUAAUUCAAGACCAAUCACACCCGCCUCCAACGACCCAAACGACCUCGCACCUCUAACCCCGGCCCAUUUUCUGAUCGGUGGGGCAAUACAGCAACCUGAGGAGCCCGAGCGCACAAUAACUACCUAUGGCAAGCGCUGGCACAGAGUGCAAGCCAUGGCUCAGGCCAUCUGGCGUCGUUGGAGCCAUGAAUACCUCCAAACCCUUCUCUCUAAGGGUAAAUGGGCCCAGGACAGGCGCAAUCUUGAAGUUGGAGACCUAGUACUCAUACAUGAGCCCAACUGCCCCCCUCUCGACUGGCGCUUAGGUCGUGUAUCUCAAGUCUUUCCGGGCCGCGACAAUCGAGUUCGCGUCGCGAUCGUGCAAACCGCGACCGGCGUCUUGCGGCGACCAGCGGUCAAGUUGUUCCCGCUCCCCUGCUAG